AGGGAGAGGGAGGACAGGAGGGGAGGACACUCACAAGCUUUCAUUCUUUAGGUUUCACACAAAAACAUGUGAGGACUUUUCUGUCAUUGUUCUCGUCCUCGCUGUGAAUACAGUGACACGGAAACACCCAGGCUCUGUGGGUUAGAUUUCAUCUGUGUGUGUGUGUGUCUGUGUGUGUCUGUCUGUGUGUGUGUCUGUGUGUGUGUGUCUGUGUGUGUCUGGAUAUACAGAUAUGGACGUGAGCGUGACACGGUCGUUUUAGACUUUAAUGAAUGUGUGAAGCAGUUAGUGACGUGUCUGUCAUUAAUUCUCCAACUGUGUGACCCUGACCCUGUGUGACCACCGAUACCAGCACACACACACACACACACACACACUUCAUGUGUAAACUCACUGUUGUUACUUUGUUUAGUUUUUAGUGGGUUUUUCACAGUGAUGAUGAUUUUCUUUGAAACGCUGAGGAGGAGGAGGAGGAGGAGAAUAAAAAGCAAAGAUUGUUGACGCACGGCUCGCUGUUGUAUUCUCUCUUUUUUCAUUCACCACCGGAGAAGAAGAAGACAAUUGUUUGUUUGUCUCUGUCCUCGUGGCGUCCCUCAUGAUUCAGCUUCACAACAGAAAUCCUCAGGGCUACAGUUACUCUCUCUCUCACUCUUUCUCUCUCUCUCUCUCCAGCAGCUGUUGCUCAUUUCUCUCUCUCUCUGGCCCCGCCCCCCACUGUGCUGAGGCUCUCCACACCACAGAUGAGCAGCAGCAGCAGCAGAGAUCACAGAGAAGUGACGACUUCCUCUUGAAUUCCUGAGUCGUGCCCAGAUCUUGUUGCCGGGUUCAUUAAACCGACACGCUGCCUUCCCUCCUCCGGUCGACCAGGAACAGAGAGAAACCUGUCCUCGUGCUCGCCCGCCGCCUCAUGUUCCCUCAGGUGGAGCAGAGGGCGGGGCUAGUGAACAGAGCCGACCACACAGGGACACCAGCGCCAUGGCGAGGAUGAAGAGGACGGUUCUUGGCAUGCUGACGGUCAGCUUUGUGGUAUCUGUCUACCUCCUGCGUGGGAACCUGGAGGAGACGCUGUCCUGGUCACUGGUGCCGCUGAGUCGUUUCCAUGGUUACAUCCAGGGCCGCAACAGCAGCUCCCAGGACUCUGAGGAGCCUGUGGACAGGAACACCAGCAGGAACCGUCCGUCUCACCCAGAGUUCUCCUCUGCAACGUUUCUGCGUCCAAACCCACGUAUAGCUCCAACUCUUGAGUCUCAAACACCUGUGGCAAAGACACAGCGAGCACCAGCAGAGAACGAAGUGCCGUCUGUCUCCAAGGCCACGUCCAAGUCGGACGAAGAGAGCAGGACCCUGAAGCGUGGACCCACAGAUCCUCCGUUCAUCGGAGACACUUACACGAGUGAGGACAUCCCACCACAAACGAACUGCCCUGAUGGGAUCCAAGGUCAUGUUGCAGAGACGGAAUUUGGUGGACGGUUUCUGAAACAUAUCCCUGUCCUACAGUGGGCCAAACAUGUGAGUCCUGAACAACAUCAGCGUCUGAGCAAGUACACAGGAGCACAUGGGUGGGGAGGCCUCGAUUACGCAACUCUGGUGGAGACGCUGUCCGUCCUCAACUCCUCUGUGAACCGGCAGAUGUUCGACGACUGGAAGAAUCGCAGUGACGCGUCCUUGUGUAUCCACUGUGCUGUCGUAGGGAACGGAGGAAUCCUGAAGUAUUCAAAGAAAGGACAGGAGAUUGACAGCCAUCACUACGUCUUCAGAACUAACGGGGCGAUCACUCAGGGCUUUGAGCAGGACGUGGGCUCUCGGACCACGCACUACACUUUCUCCACCAACACAUUAAUGAACUCCCUGAACAGCUACGCGGGCGUCGGCUACAGAAGACCGCCCCACUCUGAGGAAACACGCUACGUCUUUCUGCCCGACCACGACCGCGACUACCUGCUCAUGAAAGCUGCGGCGACGCACACUCGAGUGGAACAAGGGCGUGAGCGAAACAGAGACCCCACAACACUCUUUGGAACAGAUGUGUCCGCUGAGAAGCUAAAGAUGUACCACCCAGAUUUUAUCCGUUACCUCAGAAACAGAUUCCUCCGAUCAAACACUCUGAAAACCAGCCACAAGAACAUUUAUCGCCCGUCCACUGGCGCUGUGAUGCUGCUGGCUGCCCUGCACACAUGUGACCAGGUGAGCGCAUACGGCUUCAUGACUCCAGACUACAUGAACUACUCGGAUCAUUACUAUGACAGCAGCUACCACGCUGUGGCCUUCUACAGCAACCACGACCUGCGCCUGGAGAUGAGCCUGUGGCAGCAGCUGCACCGAGCCGGACUCAUACGACUCUUCAUGCACCAGUGACCUCAGGACAUGAAGUCUCACAAAGACUUUUGGACAUGAUGGUGGACAGUUAUGACGUUGGCGUCUCUUUAAAUGUCUUUCAGACACUGUUUUAUGGUGACCUCUGGUGACAGGGUUGGGACCUCUUUGGUCCAGAUUAUGGUCAGCAGAGGAUGAAUCCCACUGUCCCGCUGUCUUCAGCUGCGGACGAGUUUGAAGACGUCUCACCGUCUUCCAUUGUGAAGAUUCCUCAGGUGGAAAAAUCCAGGUCUUUCUCCUCUGAAGGCUGGAAACCGGUGGUGAAGUGAAACACUGAGCUCAUUCAAAGGAAAGUCACUCAUUCACUCACAGCUAACGACUGAAAACCUUCUCACACACACUGACCGUAACAGUUGACCUCUAACCUAUCAGCAGGGGGCGGAGUCACAGAUGAUGAAGUGAAUAAAAAGUGCACUACAGCACUUUGAUUAAACAUCAAGUGCCUUAGCAUUGGCUAACAGAAAAAUGCUAACGUAGAUUUCAUAGUUUUCUAAACGAGCGGCACGGUGGUGGAGCGGGGGUUGGGGUUCAGUCCUACGUCAGAGAAGACACUAUGAAUGGAUGAAUCUGUGGACCACACAUAUAUGAACUGUAUGAGUGAAUUAAUGAAUGAGUGAGUGAAUAAUCAGGACUAAAAAGGAGCUAAAGAAACACAGAUUUACUUUUUUUAUCACUGAAUCAAAAACAAACUUUUUUACUGUUCACUAAAAUCCUCUUCAGGUUCAGGUUUCUGUGUCUGUGUGUCUGUAUGUGUGUCAGUGAGACAGCAGCUCAGUCACUCACUUAAAAUAUCCUGUGUCUCCGCCCUAAAUACAGGGCUACAGCUGUAGAGACACAGUCGUCUUCUGUCAGAUUUUCACCUUUUUUAAAAUCUGUAUUUAAAAAAACUGUGA